UUAUGGAACAUCAAGAGGCGUCACCUCCUUUCAGUAUAGCACAGGAGUCGGUGGGAGGAAGACGUGUUGGGGGUUGCUGCUCAGGUGUGUCAGUGAGAUUAAGGUGCCCCGGGAGGAGGCGUCGCAGCAGAGGUGUGGGCGGUGUAGCUGGAAGGCGGCUGCAUCAUGACUGGCUGGCGAGGGAGGUGGUGGUGGUGGAGGCAGGCUGCGGUGGGAACUGCGGUGCUGCUGCUGCUGCUGCUGCUGCCCGGGUCUCUCACCGAGCAUCCUCCGGACGAGGAAGGAGAAUGGAGCCGUGGGUUGUCAGGAGCUGUGGUGGAGGUGUCUCUUAAGAGUGAUCACGCCCACUUCGAUGCCCACGGUCACGCCCACACCAGGGUAGAUGCUGACACCAGUGUUCUGAAGGUCACCAUGGCGAGGAGGAUCUACAAGUUCACCCUUACACCCUCCUCCUGGCUGGUCUCCCCGGGCGCCACUAUCAGCCGCGUCGGGAACCAGAGCGGGAGCGAGCAGCACUCCCGCCUCGAGCACCGCCCCUGCCUGUACCAAGCCCUCGCCGACCCGCUCAAACUGGGGGCCCCGAGUGGCACGGUCUCCAUCUGCCACAAGGACGGGCCGCGGGUGCUCCUGAUGAUACAAAAAGAGCUGGCUGAAUUAGUGCCCCGUCCCAAGGUGCCGCAGCCCUCCCCACUGUUUCCCCCCGGCUCCCCCAACGCUCACAAGAGGGGAGAGGGCGGCUAUACCCAUGUGGUGAAGCGACAUCCUCUCCCAGGGGUGAUGGAUCAAGAUUGCCGCAGCUAUGACACCUGUGGACGCUCGCCCUUCCCCGUGCCUGAGGAGGAGCCGGAGAUUACCCAGGUGAUGAUCGAUCCCACCGAUAUAGACUACGUGAAGAGGACAGGAGGCAAAGGUGGGGCUGGUGGUGGUGGUGGUGGUGGUGGUGCUGGUGGUGGUGGUGGUAGUGGUAACGCCGUGGUAGCUGAGGAUACUUCGCCUCUCACCGUCGAACUCGGCAUCUACCUUGAUCAGGCGCUUCUAGACACCUUCGCCGACUUCAAGACCCCAGAGCAGGAACUUGUUGAUCUCGUCCUGGGCCUCAUCAACAACGUGCAAGCUCUGUACAGUCACCCGUCGCUCGGCAGACAGGUGGACUUCACCAUCACCCACAUGAAGCUCCUGGCCCAGCAACCCGCGGACCUUCCCACCCACAGCGGCAACCGAGUCAACCUUCUGGAGUCCUUCUGCGCCUACAACAAGAAGAACAAUGAUCCUGACGAUGCGAGUCCAAACCACUGGGAUAUUGGCGUGUAUCUCUCCGGGUUGAACUUUAUCGUGAAAAAGGCUGACGGAACUGACGACGGGGUGACGAUGGGUCUGGCUUACACGAAUGGGGUGUGCUUGCCCGGGCUGUCCUGUGUCAUCAACGAGCUGGGGACCGUCAACUACCGCGGCCACCCCUACCCCUCCUCAGGCGCCCUCAGCUCCUACGUCCUCGCCCACGAAUUUGGUCACAGCCUUGGUCUGCGGCAUGACGGCGUGAGCAACUCCUGCAACGCGACUGGCUACAUCAUGGCGGCGGGGCGUGGCCUGAAGGGCGCCACCACCUGGUCCACGUGCGCCAAGGAGAAGAUCCGCCAGCAGAAGAACGCCUGCCUGAAGGAGGGCGGGGCGGCUGCAGGCGGGGCGGCGAGCCAAUGGAACCACGGGAAGUACUUGGGUCUUCCGGGGCAGAGGUGGGACGCCACGGCACAGUGCAGACUCUUCCUGAAGGACAAUGAUGCGGGAAUGCCUGACCCCAUGACGAUCUCAAAUGUUUGCAGCAGCGUCACCUGCGUCUCGCCACACCGCAUCUCCACGUACCUGGCGGGCCCUGCGCUGGAAGGGACCUACUGUGGCGGAGAGAAGUGGUGCCGCGAGGGAAGGUGCGUGCCGUGGGGGACUGAUGGACCCGGGGAGGUGGUGGCGGGCGGCUGGGGGCCCUGGCAGCACGGGGAGUGUCUUUCAGGCUGCGUGGAAGGAGGCACAGGGUACAAGGUGUCGCGGAGGAAGUGUGACUCCCCAGCUCCGGUUAACUCCGUCGCCGGCUGCCUGGGCACGGAGACUAAGCGUUCCCUCUGCGACGACGCCAAGGUGUGUGGCGUGGCAGCAAGGAAGACCGUGAACCAGCUAGCCAGUGAGAUGUGCAAGGUGGUGUCUCGCUACAAGCCCACCAUAGAGGGAGUGGGCCGCCAACUCUCGUACAGUGCAGACACACCGUGGCAGGCCUGCGCGCUCUACUGCCAAAAGAAAAACAGCACAAGUUUCUGGACGCCUCGCUAUGAAUUCAAGGACAUGCCCCACAUCGCCACUCACCUCCCGGACGGCACCCCCUGUCACCUGGGCAAGGAAUACGUGUGCCAGAACCGCGCCUGUAUGCCCAAGACACCUAUGGGGAGGAGUGUGCUUCUGAUUCCAGAGGACAAACUCUUGGAGCCUGACAUGUCCUCUGAUUACGAGCCUAUAGAUGUGGACAACCUCUUUGAGUAGUCUACACGAGUUGUCCCUCAUGGUGCCUGCUGCCCUCCGUUUUCUUUGGUUUUCCUUUGGUUCUCGCUCCUUUAUAAACACUGCUCUCAAUGAGUGCCAUAAGGGAUCAGUGCUCUCUUAUUGUUGUUAUUAUUAUUAUUUAUUGGGUUUUCUUGUGGUUUAGUUUAAACAUUCAGUCUUCGUUGUUUUUAAGUAUUCGUUACUCUGUUGUGUUUCUUAUAUAUUUUUUUUAUAGCUUUACCUAAUGUUCCUGCAGUGAAUGUUUAAACAGCUUAUGUUUCGUGAAUUACAUAUUUCUGGAACCCACCACUUUCUAAGCUUUGUAAAAUACUAAUAGAGAAAGAAGGGCUGAGCUACAAGUCUGUAACAACACCCGCGGCCAUCUCUUUCUGCUCUAUAUUCAAAUAUUAUUGUCAUUCACUCAAAAUAUAAAUCUUAUUUAAUUUCA